AAUUUUAAUGUUAAAAAUAAAUGAUUUUGUAUAAACAAAAUGACUACUAAUAUAAAAAGCCUCUGGAUUCUUCCCGAACGCCCUUCUUUCAUCUACGCUAUUCUCCUUCCUCUCGAACUUUCUUUCUAUGCAUAAUUGCAUAUACAUUCAUGGUGCAUAUAUAUAUAUAUUAGCAUACUUGUAUGUAUAGCAUACUAUCGGUUGAUCUGUAAACGAACACACCAACAGCGUUCCCUCUAAUAACAAUGGCCAAAUUGACAAUAUUCAGAUUCGCGAUCGCCGUCGUCUUCGCCGCGGCGGCGAUACUGCCUCCGCCGCCCAAAGCGGCGGCGCUCGUGCCUUAUCCACGUGCUCUCUGGGCUUCGCUGCUUCGGCGAGGCGUCGGCGACCCAUUCGAGAUUCUAGAAACCUCAUACCUUCCUCUCUCCGUCCCCCGAUCGGCGGCGGGCGACGACGGCGCCGCCUUGUUCCUCGCCCGCGCCGACUGGAGAGAGACGCCGGCGGAGCACCGGAUAUCGAUCGACGUCCCCGGGAUGGAGAACGACGGCGUCAAAGUCGAGGUGGAGGACGGCGGCGUUAUCGCGGUCACCGGCGAGCGGAAGACGGAGGCGGCGGUGGCGGAGGACGACAGGUGGCACAGAGUGGAGCGGAGCGUGGGGAAGUUCUGGCGGCGGUUCAGGAUGCCGGCGAACGCCGACGUUGAGCGCGUGACGGCGCGUUUGAAGGAUGGGGUUUUGAGGAUUACCGUGCCUAAAUUGGACGAGGCGGAGAAGACAAAGACGGAGGCCAAAGGGCCGAAAUUGAUCGCCAUUGUUUCCGAUGAGAAGAAGACAGAAGACGCUCAGCCGGCUAGGGCGGAGAUGUAGAGCUUGAAUCCAACGCGCCGCCGUGCCGGAAAAUGGGAGGCUAGUACUAUACUCUUUUUUAUUUUAAUUGUAAUUUAAGGCUUUUUUUUAACUGUAUGUAUGUAAAUGAUACUGGUUUCUUUGUCAAAUAUUAUGCGGAGAGGUCAAUUUGCUACAGUACGUGAAAAAAACAAAUAUGUAUAUUAUA